AUGCCCGUUUGGUGCAAGCAUGGGGGGGAGCAAGCACCUUCUGAUCACACAGUCUUCAAUUGGUUUCAUGAAUUUCAACGCGAUAAUUUUAGUGUUCAAGAUGCUCCACGUUCAGGUCGUCCUUCAACAUCUGUUAAUGGACAAACAAUUGAUGCUGUACGAAAAAUAAUUGAAGAUGAUCCUCAUUCGACGUAUCAGCAAAUAGAAAACAUAUUGGGUAUCAGUUCCACAGCAAUUAAUUCGAUUAUUCAUGAGUAUUUAAAUCUAAGAAAAGUUUGUGCUCGGUGGGUACCGCAUAAACUACCCGACGACCAAAAACAGCUGCGAAUUCAAUAUUGCCACCAUUCGCUAAAGAGAUUUGAAGAAGGUCAGUCUCGUUGUGUAUUUGACAUUAUAACUGGUGAUGAAUCUUGGUUCUACCAUUAUGAUCACGAAUUAAAAGAACAAUCAAAAGUUUGGAUCUCAAAAACUGAUCCACGUCCAACCAAAAUUCAUCGAACCAAAAGUGCCGGGAAAAGAAUGGUGGCUAUUUUUUUCAUGAAAUCCGGCUUAAUCAAGUCUGUUCCAUUAGAAACAGGUGCAACAGUGAACGCAAGCUGGCACGUCAAUACAUGCUUACCACAAGUCUUCAAAGCUGUAUCUGAACGAAGAGGAACACGAGGUCUUCGAGGUCUCAUCUUCCAUGACGAUAAUGCAAGAUCACAUCGAGCUUGGAUUACGAACGAAUUUUUGCUGGAAAAUCAUGUAGAACAGUAUCCAAAUCCACCAUAUUCUCCAGAUAUAAGUCCUUGUAAGUUCUUCUUAUUCCUGAAGCUCAAGAAUCAGUUACGUGGUAUUCGGUUCAACGACGACAACGAAAUGUUAACUGCUUUACAACAAGCCAUUGACAGUCUCAUGAAAGAAGACUUUAAAAACUGUUUCGAAGACUGGUUUAUUCGAAUGCAUAAAUGCAUUGAUACUGAAGGACAGUACUUUGAAAAAAUAAAUUAA